AUGCAUAAUCGCAGUGGACAGAGUAGAGCAAGUACUGAGGUCACGCUGAUAGUUUGUCAUGCACAGGGAAUGAGUUGAAGAGAGAAGUGAUUGCUGACUUCUUGACUUUGGUUUCAAUGACUGAUCAGAUCUUUAUUUUUUUAAAUUUAUUUCUGUGGAUAUUACUGAGUAAUGUGACUAAAAAUGGAACUUGAUUUUGGUCAUUUUCCCACUAACAACACUGAGUCUAAUGUAAACCCUUGCUUUAAAAUGGCUUCUUAUCUGCCGACAGAAACGCCUACUAUUGUGUGUGUAUUUUUGAAUGUUUUUCUUGGUUCCAUAUCUGUAAUAACUGUUUGUGGAAACCUCCUGGUAAUAAUCUCCAUCGUUUACUUCAGGCAGCUUCACACUCCGACCAAUGCUCUCAUCCUCUCUUUGGCUGUGGCUGACCUGCUUGUGGGCGCUCUGGUCUUCCCUCUCACAAUGGAGUUCUCCAUUAGCUCGUGUUUGUAUCACGAGGAGAUAUUUUGCAAAGUGAGAAGCAGCUUCGACAUAACGCUCAGCACGUGCUCCAUUCUGAACCUCUGUUGCAUUUCUGUUGACAGAUAUUACGCAGUGUGCCAGCCGCUGGCAUACAGAACUAAAAUCAGCAGCCAUGUUAUUGUGGUGAUGAUCUUGGUGAGCUGGGGUGUUCCAGGUGUGGUUGCGGUCAGUCUAGUAGGGUUUAACAGAUCAAAAUGUGGACAAAACUGUUUUUUUACCGUUGUGCUGGGAAAAAUUCUGAUUGUUCUGAUUACGUUUUACUUACCACUUCUGGUAAUGAUAUGCAUCUACCUAAAGAUUUUUUUUGUGGCGCAGAAGCAAGCACACAGCAUCCAGAGCAUGAAAAACUCUGGGGCAUCUGUCAGCAAGAUGGAGAGGAAGGCCACUAAAACCUUAGCGAUUGUAAUGGGAGUUUUUCUGCUCUGUUGGCUGCCUUCCUUUUUAUGUACAACCGUUUUUACUUUCAGCAACGCCUCCCAUCCUGGCCCUCUGGUAGAAAUACUCAACUGGCUUGCGCUGUCCAAUUCAACGUUCAACCCGUUUAUUUAUGCUUUGUUUUAUAGGUGGUUCAGAUCAGCGUUCAGGAUGAUUAUUUCAGGAAAAAUUGUUCUGGGAGAUUUCACUGACUUCAAACUUUUUUGAUGUUUGAAGUUCUUCUUAGAGUAAAUCCAUAAUGCCUUAUUGAAAUUGUGCUGAUAACACCUGUAGCUUUACAAGUGCUUAAGAAUAUGUUAACUGCAAACAAAGCCAGAUGUUAAUGAUUUGUCAAAGCGAAAUCUUUGUCAGGG